AUGACCAUCGAAAUCGCCAUCAUCGGCAGCGGCCUCAUCGGCACGCUGCUCGCGCUGGGCCUCCUGAACCGCGACUCCCCGCACCUCCGCAUCCAGGUCUACGAGCAGGCGGCGUGCCAUCGCGAGCUGGGCGCGGGGAUCGGCUUCACGCGGGCGGCGCGCCACUGUAUGAUGCGGCUGGACCCGCGGCUGGACGAGUGUCUGCGCGCCGUGGCGACGGAGAACGGCGAGCCCGACGACCCGGACUACAACAUGCGGUUCGUGGACGGCUACCACACGUACGUGGACGACGACAACGACCAGCCCGUGGGCAUCGAGGGGAAGGUCUACAAGCUGUAUGCGGGGCCACGGGGGUUCGAAGGGUGCCACCGCGCGCAGUUCCUGGAGGAGAUCAUGAAGCUGAUGCCCGAGAGGGUGGUGCAGUUCGGCAAACGGCUGGAGAGGUACGAGUAUCUGGAGUCUGGGAGGAUCCAGCUGGUGUUUGGGGAUGGGAGUGUGAGGGAGGUCGAUGGAGUCAUCGGCUGCGACGGCAUCAAAUCGCGCGUGCGCGACCUCAUGUUCCCCAACGCCGACCACCGGCCCCGCUACGCGCACCAGCUCGCCUACCGCGGCCUCAUCCCGAUGGACCAGGCCAUCGCCCAUCUGGGCCGCCACCGCGCCCUCCUCCAGCACAUGCACUGCGGGCCUCACGCCCACGUCCUGCACUUCCCCGUCGCCAACCAGAAGCUGCUGAAUGUGGUCGCGUUUGUCCCGGACCCCAAUGACUGGGACGUGCCACCCACCCCCACAACCCCCAAAGCCCACCUCCUUCACACCUUCAAAGACUGGACCCCCUUCCUCCGCACCCUCCUCACCCUCUUACCACCCACACUAACCCAAUGGCCGAUCUUCGACCUCUACAACCACCCGCCACCCACCUACGUGAUCUCCCGCGUCUGCCUCGUCGGCGACGCGGCGCACGCCGCAUCCCCGCACCACGGGGCCGGGGCGGGGGUGGGGGUGGAGGACGCCCUAGCGCUAGUUACCGCCCUGACGUGCGCGGAGGCCGACAUCCUCUCGGGCAAGCUGACGACGCCGCAGGCGCUGGAGGUGGCGUUCAAGGCGUACUCGGAUGUGCGGUAUAAGCGGUCGCAGUGGGUUAUGCGGAGUAGUCGGGAGGUGUGUCGGGCGUACGAGUGGGAGCUGUUCGAGGGGCAGGAGGGGGCCGGUGGGGAGGUGACGGCGGAGACGGGGAUGAUGGGCCGGGUGUUUGAGGAGAUCCGGCGGCGGACGAUGACGGUGUGGGGGUUGGAUGUCGAGGGGAUGGUCGGCGAGGUGCAGGGCCAGUAUUGGCGCGGGACGUGGGGGUAUUCUUGUUUUUGA